ACUUGCUGAGCGGCCGGAGUCCGUGGUGCCACCAGCAGCAUGAGCGCCUCCACUUCCACCCCCAUCUUCGCGCCUGGCGAGAACUGCAGCCCCGCGUGGCGAGUGGCACCUGCAGCCUACGAUGCGGACGACACGCACCUGCAUAUCCUGGGCAAGCCGGUGAUGGAGCGCUGGGAGACCCCCUACAUGCACUCUCUGGCGGCCGCAGCCACCUCCAGAGGGGGCCGUGUACUGGAGGUGGGCUUCGGCAUGGCCAUCGCCGCCUCCAAGGUGCAGGAAGCCGCCAUCGACGAGCACUGGAUCAUCGAGUGCAACGACGGAGUGUUCGAGCGACUCCAGGCCUGGGCUCGUGCCCAGCCACACAAGGUGGUGGCCCUGAAAGGUCUAUGGGAGGAGGUGGCACCCACCCUUCCGGAUGGUCACUUUGAUGGGAUCCUGUAUGACACGUACCCGCUGUCUGAGGAGACGUGGCACACACACCAGUUCAACUUUAUCCAGGCCCACGCCUUCCGCCUGCUAAAGCCAGGGGGCGUCCUCACCUACUGCAACCUCACAUCCUGGGGAGAGCUAAUGAAGACCAAGUACUCGGACAUCACCACCAUGUUUGAGGAAACGCAGGUGCCAGGGCUGCUGCAGGCUGGCUUCCAGCGGGAGCACAUUUGCACAAAGGUUCUGGAGCUGACGCCCCCCGCCGACUGCCGAUACUACUCCUGCCCACAGAUGAUCACGCCGCUGGUCACCAAGCACUGAGGGGGGCCUGCUGCACUGUCUCCCCCACCCCAGUCCCUCUCCCCGGCCCAGCCCUGGGGAGGGAAUAAAGGCCAGCGUGGGCCUGGGCGAUUA